GAAUGCAGCCAAUGUCAUCGAACUUUAAAUAUAUUGAGUAUUGGUAGCAAUGCUAAAAUUUCUAGUUACAUUUUCAAGUUCAACAGUUGGUAAUUGUGAAAGUUUUCUUUACGAUUUUCGGAGUUCAUACCAUCAUCCAACAUGAAGAUUGGUUUGUGUGUAUACAGUGGGUAUAAAAUUUACCCUGGACAUGGAAAAACAUUGGUUAAAGUAGACGGAAAGUCGUUUACGUUCUUAAAUUCAAAAUGUGAAGCCGCACAUUUAAUGAAACGCAAUCCUCGUAAAGUUACCUGGACCGUACUUUACAGACGGAAACAUAAGAAAGGUCAGGAAGAGGAAGCUACCAGAAAGCGUACACGUAGGACACAAAAAUUCCAACGUGCUAUUGUCGGUGCCUCUUUAAAUGAUAUUAUGGCUAAACGUAACCAGAGGCCGGAAGUAAGGAAAGCACAGCGUGAACAGGCUAUUCGAGCUGCAAAAGAACAAAAGAAGUCUACAAAAGCGGCAAAGAAAGCAACUGCACCACCAAAACCAAAGCUGCAUCAAAAAACAAAGGCCGCAAAGGUUACACAAAAAUCUGCACCCCGUGUUGGAGGAAAACGUUAAUUUUUGUGAAUUAAUGUUUUUAUUAAAAUAAAUGACCAGCAUUAUUGUACA